AUGGAAAGAUCCACAAGGAAUUGCUCUUGUUACUCUGAACUGGGAGAAUCCUUCAUAUGUUAUGAUACAUUGUUAAGGCGACAGGACCACCAGGAGAAACUGGUAAAGAAGUCAACAAUUAUAUCCGAACAAACAUCAAGUAAGGAGAGAAGCUUUGAAAGGAAUGAAUUUGGGAAAAACUUCAGUCUAAGGUCAAUCCUAGUUACACAGGAGAGAGUUCCUAUGGUGAAGAGUUUCUGUAUGUGUGAUAUGUAUGGAAAGAGCUUCAAAAAUGAUUUGUACCUAAUUAAAUGCCCAAGAAUCUAUGCAGGAAAGAAAUCUUUUAAGUAUACUGAAUGUAAGAAAACCUUCAGCCAGAUUUCACAAUUUAAUCUUCAUCAGAAAAUUCAUUCAGAAGAGAAACCCUUUAAGUGUAAUGAAUGUGGAAAAGCCUUCACCAAGCGGGCAAAUCUUACUCAGCAUCAAAAAAUUCAUUCUGGAGAAAAACCCUAUAAAUGUAAUGAAUGUGGGAAAACUUUUAAUAAACGGGCAAACCUUACUCAACAUCAGAAAAUUCAUUCUGGAGAGAAACCCUAUAAAUGUAAUGCAUGUGGGAAAGCCUUCUCCAUCAGAUCACACCUUACUCAACAUCAGAGAAUUCAUUCCGGAGAGAAACCCUAUAAGUGUAAUGAAUGUGGGAAAGCUUUUACUCAGAAGACACACCUUAAUAAUCAUCAGAGAAUUCAUUCUGGAGAGAAGCCAUAUAAAUGUAGUGAAUGUGGGAAAGCCUUCACCAAACAGGCAAAUCUUAAUCAACAUCAGAAAAUUCAUUCUGGAGAGAAACCCUUUAAAUGUAGUAAAUGUGAGAAAGCCUUCACCAUCAGGUCUCGCCUUACUCAGCAUCAUAGAAUUCACUCUGGAUAG